AUGGCAAUUGGAAGUUUUGGUAGUCCAUUCGUGCAUGACUUGGGCCAACAACUAUCGGUUCUCGUAACUUUUAUUCCGCGCCAACGAGUAACCGGCGUUCGAUCUAGCACCGCUUCUCGUUUUUUUCUUGUUCAAUUCGAACGAAUCGAAACGAAUUCGAUAACCGGUAACGCGAUCCUCUCAUUGCUAACAUGCAAUCGAGAAAAACAUAUUCAACAUUUGUAUUCGUUUGCGUUUAUAGGAGACACGCGUGGCAACGAGUGUCCAGAGGAUAGUGUUCAAGGGGAGGGCGGUGAGUGCAAAUGCGCGGCGGCCAUCGACUGUCCGUCGGUCGAGUGCGAAUCGGGUCAACGUCGGAUCCAGGUGAAGCCAGCCGAUCUAGAAACACCGGGUAGCUGUUGUGCUCGUUACGAUUGCCUGCCCUCAGACUCUCGAGAAUCGGAGCCGUGCCCCGAAAAUAGCGUGUUAACCGAGGAUGGAAAGUGCGAGUGCGCGCCCUGUCCAAGGCCUACCUGUGAACCGGGACAUCGUCCCGUUCAAGUGAGAGCUGCCCUGGAUCGCGAGACACCCGGUAGCUGUUGCCCUCUUUACGAGUGCAAACCUGCAGAGUCCAUCUCAUGGAUAAAAGUGGCAACCGAGAUGACGAAACCGCCUAAAUAUUGUAUUUACGAGGGCAAAGCGAGAGAGUUGAACGAACGAUGGCAGCCAUCCGAUUGUGUUAGUUGCGUCUGCCAGGAGGACGGGAUGGUAUCCUGCCAAGAAUCAAUGUGCAAAUCCUGCGAGAAUGCGAUUCCUCCCGAUCCUGGCGAAUGUUGUCCGCAUUGUCCACCGCUUACGAACACGACGUUCCUCCGAUCGGAGAUACCUUGUCAAACUUCUCUCGACGGUUGCGAGUUAACAUGCGAACACGGUUACGCGAAAGACGAAAGCAAUUGUCCCAUUUGUAGUUGCGACAAAUUCGAGAAAAACGAUGUGAUAAUAACGGAUCGUCCUACUACUAAUGACGAAUCCAAAAACAUUUGUCCAAAGUUUCACUGCGAUUUCGGUUGCAAGAUCGUAAAGGACGAAAAUGAUUGCUCGAUCUGCGAUUGCCAGACUUUUGAACAAUCUACCACUGAUACUGUAGUUAUCGACGAUGCCGGAAAAAAGAUUUGUCCCGAGGUGAAGUGCGAUUUGCACUGCGAACGAGGAUUGGUUAUGGACGAAAACGACUGCACAUUUUGCAAAUGCCGAACGCCAGAAUCGACAAGUUGUCCACCUUUAAUCGGAUGCAGAAAACGAUGCGCAUUUGGUUACAAAACGAACAAACGCGGCUGUUCUAUGUGCCGAUGUCGUGCUUUCUGCGUGGACCACGUGAACGGAACGCAUCCGGAAGGAUCGACUUGGCAUCCGAACUCGUGCACCUCGUGCACCUGCGACACGGGAGGGAAGCUCAGUUGCAAAGAGACUGUUUGCUCGAUAGCUUGCAACGAUCCGUUGCCUGCUAAACCUGGAACUUGUUGUCCGAUUUGUCCGAUCGCGCCGACGAAAGGAAACGGUGCGACGAAUGGCGGUCAUCAUCAAGGCAAAGGAUGGGGCACAGUGCCGAUCAUCUUGAUCACAAUACUCUCCUUGUUCUGCCUGAUGCUCAUCGUCCAUAUUCUUCACAGUCGAUUCCGAGCCCGUCUCUCACCCUCCGAGACUUCUUACUCCAUCUACCCUCCUCAGUACUAUAAAUGCGUGCCAGUGUAUGACACGCCGGUGCAUCGAAACGAGAAAAUUGUACCCUUGUAAAAGACUGUUUGGCAAACCGGGGAAAACGUGAGAUAUUCUUGGACAGACGGAGUUUACGUGCGGCGGCCUCCUCGUGCGCGCCGGCAAUAAGAGAAGAACGAAGACCAAAGCAGAGAAGUGUAGAGGAGAAUGAAACCACACUCUGCUGCCAACAACAAGUCCAAACUUGACGUUUUACCGGUCCAAAAUACCAUAUUGUAGAUUCAGUAUUAUUUAUAAGUAGCGGACGGUUUUACGAUUGUAAGAGAAGAUAACUGAGAUGUAUAGGCCGAUGCUUCGUGAACCACGGCUGUCGGUACCCUCUCGAAUUCCUCUCCCCUCUCCCCCCUUCCCUCCCUCGGCUCUAAUUCGAUACGAUAUCGUGUUACGAUAUGUAAAUUGUAAUACAAAAUACGAUAUGUAAUA